CAUCCUUUGAACCUAACACAUAAAAACAAGCAUGUGCAUCGAGGUGGGUUUCAGAGCAUUUCACCAUCACAUCAAAGAGAGAGAUUAGAAGAAAUGUUCUGCCUGAAGAGUUUCACUGCUUUUCUCUCUUACAUGUUCCUCCUCAUUGUCCUGUCAAGUCAUGGCUCUGAGAUUAUUGGUGGGGAAGAAGUGAAGCCCCACUCGCUGCCUUUCAUGGCUCUGUUGGAGAGCAACACUCCAGACUGUGGAGGGAUACUGAUCAAUCCAUCAUGGGUCCUGAGUGCUGCCCACUGUAAAGACAUCAAGAAGGUGUUGCUGGGGGUGCACUCCAUCAAAGCAAAAGAAACAGAUUCCAGGCAGGUCAGGAAGGUUAAGAAGCAUGUUCCUCACCCCUUCUAUGAUGAAAAAGAAAAGGUCAAUGACCUCAUGUUACUCAAGCUCGACAAACUGGUGAAGCAAACCAAAACAGUGACUUGUCUCAAAUUGGGUAACACCAUCAAAGAACCACAAGCUGGCACCACCUGUCUGGUGGCAGGAUGGGGGAAAACAAACAACCGUUCCAACCAAAUGUCAGACGUCCUGAUGGCUGUCAACGUGACUGUGAUCGACAGAGUGAAGUGCAACUCACCUGAAUAUUACAACUUCAAACCUGUUAUCACCGGCGGCAUGAUAUGUGCCGGUUCAGAUGGUAAAAAGAGUGUUGAUUCCUGUCAGGGUGAUUCGGGAGGCCCACUGUUGUGCAAUGGAGUGCUAGUUGGAGUCACUUCUUUCGGACACAAGUGUGGCCUAAUUAAAAAACCUGGAGUGUACUCUUUUCUCUCAGAGAAACAACUCAACUGGAUCAAAAAGACAAUGAAGAAGUCUGAAUUUUAAUUAUCUCCCACUGUUAAUGAUUUUGUAUCUGCAACCACCUUGUGGUGGUAGCCAUGCACACAAUGCUUCAGGCAAAUAUAUAUAUUACAUAUUUUAUAUAUUAAAUCAAAGGAAUAUAUGUGAGUAUGCACUGUAAUGAAUCUAAUACAUUUUGAGUAAAAUGUAAAAUGUUCUUAUACUUCAAAAAUCAACCGUCCACAUAUGUGGACGUGAUGCAAUACUGGAACAGUAACCUGCUACUGUAUCUAUUGUAUUUGUUCAAAGAUGAUGACAGAAUUCCAAUUCAAACUUAUAAUUAAUUAUUAAUUAUUCUUAUAACAUUAUAUACACAACAUAACGCAACCUGAAAAGACAUUAUAUUCCUUGUUGUCAGCUGUGGCAUUAUACCCCUUUUUACUCCUUUUGAAUAAUAAAAUAAUAAUUAAAUUAAUUUUUAUCUUUUUAUCAUAAUUCAUGAAUAAACAUUGAUAUGGGGGUAGGGGGAUGGGGUGUACAUGUCUGCUACUGCUGAAAUAAGACCAUACAAAAGGAAAUCUUUUUUUUAAUCUACACCGAUGAGCCAUCUCUUGAGCAAGAAAGCAAAACACCAAAGUGACAUUAUUCAAUCUGUCAACCAGAGAGAGUCGCCACUUCCUGCGAGAGGCCUCAGCUCAGGUCUUAUGCCUUAUUAGAAAGCCUUAUUAUCUCCUCAUCACUGUGUUCUUACUGCUUGACACCACACCACUGAUAUUUUCUACUGUCAUAAAGGCAGAGACAGAAAUUUAAAAGGCACCUUGUGUUUCCUUUCUCUCUUUCUUAGCUUUCCUCUGAUAAUUAUACCACUGUCAUUACAGUAGCUCCUGAUUUCACUUCUUUCUGGCAUCAUAGGUUUGUGUUUCAGUUCUCUGGUUUCAGGUUGUGUGAGAUCAGUGUUAAAAUUAAAAACAUUUUCUAUGUC